GGAGCUGUAGCGAGAGAGCAAGCGAGUGAGUGAGUGAAAGAGAGAGGGAAAGAGAGAAGGCAGAGGAAAGGAAGGAAAAGAAGAAAGGGAAGGAAGAACAGACUGGAGUGGAGCUGUGGUGCAGGGAGUGAACGGGGGUGGCCCUGGCUGGGGGAGCAGGAUGCUGGGGCUGGAACCACGGGCACGCUCGCUGCUGGCACUGGCUCUCACGGGGCUGGCACUGUGCUUCUCAGUGCUGGCUUUCGCCACCAGCUACUGGUGUGAGGGCACACACAAGGUAGUGAAGCCACCUUGCCUGUCAGCCAUGCGCAAGGGCAGCUGUACUGUGGUCAGCACCAACGAGACGAGCCCUGCCAAUGCCAGUGCUGACCCCAACGUGGUGCAAUACAUCUGGGAGACGGGCGAGGACAAGUACGCCUUCCGCUACUUCCACACUGGCUUCUGGCGGUCGUGUGAGGAGCACCAUGGUGAGGAGAUCUGCCGCAGCUUCAUAAAAGUGCCCCCUGAGUCUGAGAAAGGGGUGCUGUGGCUGUCAGUGGCCUCAGAGGCCCUGCACAUUGCGCUGCUCAGCGUGGGCUUCCUGCUGCUUUGUAUUGAGACUCUGCCAGGGGGCAGUGCCCUCAGUGGGCUCAAGAUCAAUGCCUUUGCAGCUGUCAUCACUGUGCUCUCAGGGCUGCUGGGCAUGGUGGCCCACAUGAUGUUCAUGACUGUCUUUCAAGUGGCCGUCAACCUGGGGCCCAAGGAUUGGAGGCCCCAGACCUGGUACUAUGGCUGGUCCUUUGGCAUAGCCUGGCUGUCCUUUACGCUGUGCAUGUCGGCCUCAGUGCUGACCCUCAACACCUACACCAAGACCAUCCUGGAGUUCCAGCACCGCCGGCGCGUGGGUGACCGCCGGGCCCAGCAGGGGCCACGCCCAGGCCUAGACCCUGGCCUGGACCUGGACCUAGACCUGGAGCGUCUCCUGUGGGACAAGUACAUCUACAGUGUCAGUGAUGGGGUGGACUGCCGCCCUGCCCCCACAACUGUUCCUGCCCCCACAAGGCCCAAGGGGUGCCCCCCAGCCCCCUACACUGGCCUGGUGGGGAGCCGUAGCCGGGGUCCAGGUCCAGAGCAUGAUGGGGAGCCCUGCUAAGGCACAGGGACCAGGACUGGGGGGAACUGUUCCCCCCUCGUUGCAGUCCUUGAUGCACCCCCAGAAUUGCCUCUGCCAUUUGCCCUGCAAUCCCUUCCCAAGUGCCUCUUCUGCCUCUCCCUCAUUCAGCAACACUCCCCUCCUCUUCCUCAGUCUGUCUUGUCCCCCACCCCCUCCCAUCUCCAUCACCUCUCCCUCUCUCACCCUUCCUGCCUCCCCCAGCCCCUAGUCAGCCCAAGGCCUGGGGUUUCCCAGACAGGGAUCCCAUCCCAAGAUGGCCUGGAGCACAGACCAGAUGAGCUGGACUCCACCUGGGGCAGGGCAGGGCAGGGCAGGGCAGGGGGAAAUGGGCUCCUGGAAUUGAAGGGAAGAGAUGGGGGACGGAGGCUGGGCCUGUGUGGCUUCUGUGCCAGAGACUGUCUGGGAUGGAAAGGGUCAGGACAUGCAGGUGCCGUGUGCCCCGGGCUGGAGGGAAGCAUUGCCAGGUUUGCCACUGUCCCCUCCUGGGGAGUUCCUGUGGAGUCAGGGCAGCACCUAGUGCCCACGGUGGGGUCACCCCAGCCUGGCCCCUGUCCCCCACCCCCAGACUGGCUGCCCCUGAUCCCCAGCCCUGAUAGCACUCCUGGCUCCCACCCCGCAGCCCUUGGGCCCCCCGCCCAGCACUUAAUUCUGCUGCUCCCAUCUGGGGCUUAACCGUGUUUGAUUAAAGACAUUAAGAAUUAA